AUGUUGAAGGCCACGAGGUCCUCUCCUAGACGAGACACUCAGUCGCUCUCCUGCCCGCCCCGGUAUCCAACGCCCCCCGCCAUCUCUCCUAACAGCAUGCACUUGGGGAGGCGGUUGUCCUCAAUGCGCAUAACGAAGCCCGCGAAACACAGUCUCCGCUUGCGCACGGUGGCCUCGAUGGUUUCCUCGCAGCCUGCCUGGAUGAGGGCCUGGGCAUAGGACAGGGGGCGGUCUGAGCGUUUCCGCUUGCUCCAGCCGAUGCACCGUGUGAGGAACUGGCGGUGGGUCCCAUUGAGCUUCGUGUAGUGCUCCGCUGUUAGGCUCCACGAGGCGCACCCAUACAGGAGAGUCUCCACCACUUCAGCCUGGAGUAGCCGGAUCUUGAGCUGGCGGUUGGCCCGUCGCCUGUCGUACAUCGAAGCACUGUUCCGGCGGUAGCACUUCCACGCUCGGCAGCUGCGGCUCGUGAUCUCCCGGUCGGCCUUCCCGUCCGCGGAGAUGGUACGUCCGAGAGCUCGUUGUUAAUAAACUUGAUCGACUUAGACUAGUAAGUCGCGAGGGGAGGGAUUGCUGUACCCUCCUCGCG